AUGGCACUGGCUCCAAUUCCAAAAGUUGUUCUAGGAUCAAUAGCCUUUGCAAUCUUUUGGGUAUUAGCAGUUUUCCCAUCAGUGCCUUUUCUACCAAUUGGUAGAACUGCAGGGUCCUUGCUAGGUGCAAUGCUUAUGGUCUUAUUCCAAGUUAUUACUCCAGAUCAAGCUUAUGCUGCAAUUGAUCUUCCAAUUCUUGGUCUUCUUUUUGCAACAAUGGUUGUCAGUGUUUAUCUUGAAAGAGCAGACAUGUUUAAAUACAUAGGGAAAUUGCUCUCUUGGAAAAGUAGAGGAGCAAAGGACUUACUUUGUAGAAUCUGUUUGAUUUCUGCUGUAUCAAGUGCUCUUUUCACCAAUGACACCUCUUGUGUUGUUUUGACUGAAUUCAUAUUGAAAAUUGCAAGGCAGCAUACUCUACCACCACAUCCUUUCCUACUUGCACUUGCUUCUAGUGCUAAUAUUGGGUCCUCAGCAACUCCAAUUGGCAACCCUCAAAAUCUUGUUAUAGCUGUUCAGAGUAAAAUAUCAUUUGGGAAGUUUCUUACUGGUAUUCUUCCAGCUAUGAUUGUAGGAGUUGUAGUGAAUGCUUUAAUUCUUAUAACCAUGUAUUGGAGAUUGUUAUCUAUUCAUAAGGAUGAAGAGGAUCCAGUUGAAGAAGUUGCAGCAGAAGAGGAGGUUAAUUCCCAUCAGUUUUCUCCAGCUACAAUGUCUCAUUUUACAUCAAUAAAUUCUCAAGAAUGGAAUGACUGUCUAGAAUCUAUUAAUAUUCAAAACUCUCCUCAAGUUCAGACUCUAAGAAACCGAUCAGCACCAAUUGAAAGUGAAAUUAACAAUGUUCUUAGCAGCACAUGUACACUGGAUUCCACAAGAAACUCAAAUGCAUCAGUAGAGGGGACAAAUGAUAUGGCUUCUCAGACUAGGGAGGAAACUAAUCCUUCAAAAACUGUUGUAGCAGUAGAUAAACCAAUAGAAGCACAUGUUAUGCCCUCUGCAGAAGAAAAGGACUAUAUAAACGAAAAAUGGAAAAGGGUACUUUGGAAAUCUUGUGUUCUCACUAUCACAUUAGGAAUGUUGAUUGGAAUGCUUCUAGGUUUGAAUAUGUCAUGGACUGCAAUCACAGCUGCACUAACUUUGGUGGUUCUUGAUUUCAAGGAUGCUAGGCCAUGCUUAGAGAAGGUUUCCUAUUCACUUUUGAUAUUCUUUUGUGGAAUGUUUAUCACAGUAGAUGGCUUCAACAGAACUGGAAUUCCAAGUGCUCUUUGGGACUUCAUGGAGCCAUAUUCUCAGGUAGAUCAUGCUAGUGGAAUAGUAAUACUUGCUCUAGUUAUACUAAUCCUAUCAAAUUUGGCUUCAAAUGUACCAACUGUACUAUUGCUUGGAGCACAAGUUGCAGCCUCAGCAGCUGCAAUUUCCAAAGAAGAUGAGAAUAAGGCAUGGCUCAUCUUAGCUUGGGUCAGCACCAUAGCAGGGAACCUGUCACUAUUAGGAUCUGCUGCCAACUUGAUAGUGUGUGAACAAGCUCGCCGAGCUCCAAACCUUUCAUACACAUUAACCUUCUGGAACCAUCUGAAAUUUGGCCUUCCUUCCACUCUUAUAAUCACUGCUAUUGGUUUGACACUUAUAAGAUGA